AUGGCGUGGUGCAGCCGCUGCUCAGGGCCACCGCCGUCGCUGCUGCUGCUGCUGCUGCUGCCGCUGCUGGCGGUGCCCGGCGCCGGCGCAGCCCCGCGCUCGGCGCUCUACUCGCCGGCCGACCCGCUGACGCUGCUGCAGGCGGACGUGGUGCGCGGCUCUGUGCUGAACUCCCGCAGCGCUUGGGCCGUGGAGUUCUUCGCCUCCUGGUGCGGCCACUGCAUCGCCUUCGCCCCGACGUGGAAGGCGCUGGCCAACGACGUCAAGGAUUGGAAGCCGGCGCUGAACCUCGCUGCCCUGGACUGUGCUGAUGAGACCAACAGUGCAGUCUGCAGAGACUUCAACAUCCCUGGCUUCCCAACUGUGAGGUUCUUCAAGGCCUUUUCCAAGGAUGGCCCAGGAGAGACGCUGUCAGUGGCAGGAGCUGAUGUGCAGACGCUGCGGGAGAGGCUCAUUGACGCCCUGGAGACCCACAGUACCACGUGGCCCGCUGCCUGUCCCCCGCUGGAGCCCACCAGGCUGGAGGAGAUUAAUGGGUUCUUUGCAAGAAACGAUAAAGAAGAGUACCUGGCCUUGAUCUUUGAAAAGGAAGGCUCCUACUUGGGUAGAGAGGUGACUCUGGACCUGUCCCAGCGCAAAGGCAUCGCAGUGCGCAGGGUCCUGAACACAGAGGGCAACGUGGUGAACAAGUUUGGCGUCACCGACUUCCCGUCUUGCUACCUGCUGUUUCGGAACGGCUCUGCCUCCCGAGUUCCUGUGCUCAUGGAGUCCAGGUCCUUCUACACCACUUACCUGCAGAGGUUUGCUGGGGCCCCCCGGGAGGCUGCCCCCACCACGGUUGCGCCAACCGCUGUGAACACGGUAGCUUCCACCGUGUGGAAGAUUGCAGACCGCUCCAAGAUCUACAUGGCUGACCUGGAGUCCGCACUGCACUACAUCCUGCGGGUGGAAGUGGGCAAGUUCUCCCUCCUGGAGGGGCAGCGCCUGGUGGCCCUGAAAAAGUUCAUGGCAGUUUUGGCACAGCACUUCCCGGGCCAGCCCCUGGUCCAGAACUUCCUGCACUCCGUGAACGGCUGGCUGGCGCGGCAGCAGAGGAAGAAAAUCCCCUACGGCUUCUUCCAAGCUGCCCUGGAAAACAGGAAGGAGGGCGCUGUGAUCAUGAAGAAGGUGAACUGGGUGGGCUGCCAGGGGAGUGAGCCACAUUUCCGGGGCUUUCCCUGCUCCCUGUGGGUCCUCUUCCACUUCCUGACCGUGCAGGCGACGAGACAAAAUGUAGACCGCUCGCAAGAAACAGCCAAGGCCCAGGAGGUCCUGCAGGCCAUCCGGGGCUACGUGCGCUUCUUCUUCGGCUGCCGAGACUGUGCCGCCCACUUCGAGCAGAUGGCUGCCGCCUCCAUGCACCGGGUGGACAGUCGGGACAGAGCCGUGCUCUGGCUCUGGUCUAGCCACAACAAGGUCAACGCUCGCCUCGCAGGGGCCCCCAGCGAGGACCCCCAGUUCCCCAAGGUGCAGUGGCCGCCCCGUGAACUCUGUUCCUCCUGCCACAAUGAACUCCGGGGAACGCCCGUGUGGGACCUGGGCAACAUCCUCAGCUUCUUCAAGACACACUUCUCCCGGAACAACAUCAUCACGGACCUUCCUUCAGCUGGACUGGGCCCCUGGAGGGGUGCACAGAGGAUGGCAGCGACCCCCAAGCCGGAGCUGAUGGCCAGAAAUUCUACGCUGGGCCCUGAGGAGGCUGAGAUCAUGGUGGGCCCAGGGACUAUGGUCCUGGAUGUCUUAGCAGAGAGACUUGGGGCACGUCACCCCCCGGAGAUGCAGGCGGGCCUCGGUGUGGCCAGAGCUGAGCUAGACCAGGGAGCUCCUGAGCACAUAGCAGAGCUUCAGGGGGAUAAGGUGGAGCAGCCCUCGAUCGAGCGAGACUCGGGCGUCGGAUUUCUGUCUGAGCUCCAGCCCGAGAACCUUCCCAGCGGCCCCUCGGAGCUGAGACGCGUGGGCCGCAGCUCCAAGCAGCUGGCCAGUGUCCCUGACUGGGAGCCGGAAGCUGGGGCCAUGCGGGGCCAAGGCCAGUGGCUGCAGGUGCUGGAAGGGGACUUCUCCCACCUGGACAUCAGCCUCUGUGUGGUGCUCUACUCCCUGUCCUUCAUGGGCCUGCUGGCCAUGUACACCUACUUCCGGGCCCGGAUGAGGGUCCUGAAGGGCCAUGCUAGCCACCCCACCGCCUGACCCGUCCAGCCUGGGAGGGGGCAGAAAAGGGAGCUGCUAGCCGAGGGGCUCUUCCAGCCCCCUGCCCCCCUCUCCCCCCUUGCUCCUUGUCCAGGGAAACCCAGGAAAACCAGUGGCUCCAGCGAGCCCUCCUUGGUUAUUGUGGGAAGGACUGUCCCAGAGCCAUGAGACGUGUACAGGGUCCAGGCCCCUCAGACAGCACGGGCCGGCGGGCAGCCCUGCGCCGCGGAGGCAGGCAGCUCUGUCCCUGGCUCAGCACAGACUCCUCUCUUUCAGCUCGUUUGAAGUCCUGCCUCACUCUCGCUGAUGCUUCAGUGUCUCCUGCUUGGUCUUGGCCCUAAAUUGGGGCAAAUGAGCUCCGGUUUCCAAGCUUCCCAUCAGAGGAGGGUCCCGGGCUGAGCGGGCCGCAGCAGAACUCGCUGCAUCCAGGGCCUCUGCACAGAGAAGGGGCAGCUGCCUCUGGCCGCGGGCCGCUGGCCUCCAGCCCCUCAGACCUCCCGGCUGGGGAGGCUUUACCGUAGGGGCUAGAAGCUUGUGGAAGCCAUGCUGACCUCCCAGGUGACAUUUGUGGGGGGAGUGCCCCGGGCUGGUCCUUCCCAAACCUCUGCUACAGGCUGGGGUCAGUGGGGGCUUGCUCAGCUGGGUGGGUGAUGGGCACUGGGCUGGGGGGUGAGUAGCUGGCUUAGCAGGGAUGUGGGGACCGAGGGUGCCUUGCGGGGCCUGGCAGGGAGGGGAGAGGGAGGGGCCGCAGGAAAGGUGGUCGCUUCAGGUGCGCUUUGGGUCUUCCCCAGGGGCUCGCCCGUCUGGGAGCUGGGUCUCUGUCUGCUGAUUUUGGUCUCUGAGCCUGGAGGGUGCUGGAGUGAGGGGGUGUCAUCUCUCUGGGGUCCAUGCCCCGUCCUGAGAGGGGGAAGGGUCAGAGGCGCCAGUGAUGCUGUACAUACACACGCUUCAUUUUCACUCUGCCCACUGCUGGGGAGGGCUGUGGAAUAAAUUAUUUUUGU